AUUAGUUGUUUGCUAAGGACACAUGGGUUACUAUCUAGCUCAUCAUCUCCCUUCUUUACUGAUUUUGCUUGGUUUCCUCCUCUAUAACUUCAUUAAUGGCGAUUCUAUAAACAUUGCUUGCUCUUCCUUUGACUGUGGUAAUGGCAUCACCUUUGGCUACCCCUUUUGGCACCAAAGCCAACAAUUUGAGCACUGUGGGUAUUCAGGCUUUAAUCUCUCCUGCAAUGACCAAAACCCAAUGCUCUUUUUACCUAAUCAAAAUCUUUAUCCCAUCAAAGACAUUAAUUACUCUAAGAAAUCACUCACUCUUGCCUACCCUGUAUCACUAACAGAAGCAAAAUGUCCAAAAAUAACACUAACCCAUGACAUAAUUUCAAUAAAUACAGCAUUUUUCCAUACCUCAGGCAACGAAAAUUUACAUUUCUUUUAUAACUGUAGCUUGUACCCACCUUCAGUUCCACAUAUAGGAUGCCUAGAAUAUGGUGCUAUGAGAUCAUAUGUCUUCAAGGAGGGAUUGAUCCCAGAAUUUGAUUGGCAUAGAUAUUGUGAGUCUGGUGUGACUGUGCCUGUGACUGAUAAGGCAGAAGAUGGAGAUUUGGUUAUGGAGUUUGGUCAAGCCUUGCGAAGUGGGUUCAGGUUGGAAUGGAAGCAACCAGAUCAAGCAUGUCAGACAUGCGAGGCUAGUGGUGGAUUUUGUAGUUAUAGCAACGGUGUGCCCAACUUCUUUUGCAUUUGCAGCAGUGGGAAGCAAAAGAUUGACUGCAAUGAUAAUGGUUCCUCUUCUUCUCAAAAGGGUUCUGUUUCAACCCGGCAAGAACCAAAUUACAUUGCCAUAGGUGCUCUGCUUUUCGGUGGUCUGGUUGUCGCUGCAACUGUGUUUUACUUGCUCCAGAAGAAGAAAGUUGGCUCCUAUAAACCAGUUUGAGAUUUUGAAUAGCAAGUCUAAAGGCCAUUUUUUCCUUUGUUACUGUUCAAAACAAAGUGCAAAAUUUCCUUGUUUUUAUAAGUAGUUUCGACUUAUCAAUUACUCCACAGAGAGAAUUAAAUCAAAAAUUAGUAAAAGAAUGUAUUAUACUGCAUAACCAGAGAAUGGAUCAAGAUGGUUGAUUGCUAUUGCCAA